GGUCGUGUUUGAGAUACGCGCUUCGUGACACAUCACGUACCUUUUUUCCAACCAUCUUCAAUUAUUCCUUUUUUUUCAUUUUUGUAGAAAAAGACUAAUUCCUUGACACAAAUGACAGUUGAUCACGAAGAAAAGCAAUACCUUGAUCUUAUUAAACGUAUUAUGGAUGAAGGCGAACAUCGUGCCGAUCGCACUGGCACUGGCACUUUAGCUAUUUUUGCUCCACCUCAACUUCGCUUUUCACUCAAAGACGAUAUUUUCCCUCUUUUGACAACCAAGCGAGUAUUUUUCAGAGGUGUCCUCGAGGAACUAUUAUGGUUUAUCCGAGGCGACACAAAUUCCAAGCAUUUGAGUGAUCGCAAUGUUAAGAUUUGGGAUGGCAACGGUUCACGAGAAUAUUUGGACAAGAUCGGGUUGAGUCAUCGUCGUGAAGGCGAUCUUGGUCCUGUGUACGGUUUCCAAUGGAGACAUUUCGGUGCCAAGUACGUGGAUUGUGAUACAGACUAUACAGGCCAGGGUAUAGAUCAAUUACAGCAAGUUAUAGAUAAGAUUAAACAUAACCCUACAGAUCGUCGAAUCAUUUUAAGUGCAUGGAAUCCUGCCGAUAUUCCCAUUAUGGCAUUACCACCUUGCCAUGCUUUCUGUCAAUUUUAUGUAUCAAAUGCGCCCACUGAUGGAAAAGGACGUGCAAGACUAUCAUGUGUUCUAUACCAGCGGUCCUGCGAUAUGGGUUUGGGAGUCCCUUUCAACAUUGCCUCAUACGCUUUAUUGACAAGAAUGAUUGCUCAUGUUACAGACUUGGAACCAGGAGAGUUUAUCCAUACUAUGGGUGACACACAUAUUUAUGUGGAUCAUAUCGAUGCGCUUAAACAACAACUCGAACGAGAACCUAGACCUUUCCCUACAUUGAAAAUCAACCGUAAAGUGACAAAUAUUGACGAUUUCAAAUUCGAAGAUUUUGAACUUGAAAACUAUAAGCCUCAUGGCAAGCUUGAUAUGAAGAUGUCCGUAUAGAAAUUGCAUUUUUUGUUAUUGGUUUUUUUUUUGUUUUCUGUUUAUCCAUAUCCUCUUUCCUGACAUAGAACACACGAAAUUAUAC